ACUUUUAUUCAGCUCGGUGGCAAGGAAUUCAAAGCGGGGAGAGGGGCGGGCGGAGGGGAGGGGGCGGAGGCCGGCCUGGGGCUCGCCGCUGCCCGGGCAGCCGCUGUCCCCUCGGGCCGCCGCUGUCCCCUCGGGCCGCCCCACCGGGACUGGCGGGGAGGGGACCGCGCCACCGUGCCAGGGCCCGGCCGCUUGAGUGACACGGCGUGGGCAGCGCUCCGAGAGAGGGCACCUCCGUUGGAAAAAUAAAAGUGCCCUUUUAAUCAAAGAGGGAGGGAAGGGGGGCGACUAGGGCGGCCGGGAGCCGCGGGGGGGAAACCCCUCCGCUCUCUCCCGCGAAUAUCUCUCCGGGAUCUCGGUACCGUCCCCUGGGCCGGAGCAGCGGGCGUCGGCGUGUCCCCGGCCGGGAUCAUCGGGCAAAGAGCCGAGCGGAACCCGAGGGAGGCAGCCGUCGGGGGGCGGCUCGCCCGGCACCGGGGGUCUGCUGGGGAGGGCAGGAAGCGGAGCCCGGGCUGGGGCACGGGAUGUGCCACUCUUUAGUCCCUUCCUCGCUUUAAGGGAAACGUCGACAAGCUGCACACCGAGGGGAGCACACUGGGGCUGUGCCGGGCAAAUGGCCCCUUCACCGAGAUCGGCCCCCUAAAACAACCUGCCGGGAGUCGUCAGGCCCCUUAGUUCCCGUGUCGUACUCAAAGACUCGAGUGUCCCUCCAGUUAAACUUCCCCGGCAUCGGGUUUUCUUUCCGGUGCGGAGGUUCCGGGCCGAGACCCUCUGGGGACCCCUUCGGGCCGGGCGUGUGGACAGGCGGGCUCCGGGCUCUUUCACUGGGCGGUGGUUCUGCCCCAGACCCCCCUCCCAAUCCAGCUGAGGGGUCAGGCACGAUAUGGGCUGGGGACUAGUAGGGAAGGGGAGGCCAACAACGACCAGCCGGGAAAGCGCCCGGUUCUGUCCCUGUCGGCGUCCUCACAGGUACUGAAGCCCCUCCCGGCCGGUGCCCCCCUCUCUCCGCCCCAUGCCCACGGAGCACCCCCAGCUGCGGAGGUGCGGACAGCCCUGACCUCCGUCUGAGGCACAGCGGGGUGGAGGGAGAAGCCGGGCCCUUCCCCGGCUCCUCGGGGCGGCUCGGAAGCCCCGCGGCAGAGCUGGCGCCCAUCGCCGCGGUAUCGGGGCGGGCUCCGUCCCUGUCCCAUCCCUCCCCCCGCCCUCCCCGAGGCCUGUGCGUGUCUCUGGCUGAGCCGCCAGUGGAUGUCGUUGUUCUGUUCCUUGAGCGCGAUGUCACUCCUUUAGCAUGACCUCAAACGCGGCGGGGGCUGGGACCGCCAGUCAUUCUCCGUGCCGGGGCGGGAGGCAGGCGGGACCCAGCCCCGCCGCCAGCCGCACUUUUGUGGUGCCGCCGCCGCCGCGGUCUCCCCUUUCUCCGCGGGGCUGGCCGCGGGGCGGGCGGUGCUCCGGGCUCCCCGAGCCUCUGCACCGCGUCCGUCGGCCAAGUCGCCCCGCGGAGCUGCGCGCUUAGAGCGGCCGCUCCCCUCCCUCCUUUCCCCCCCACGCCGCGCGGAGGUUGCGCAGGAUGCCGCGGAGGGGCGCGGAGGGGCCGCUGGCCCUGCUGCUGGCGGCGGCGUGGCUGGCGCAGCCCCUGCGCGGCGGCUACCACGGCGUGAGCAUGUUCGCCGUGCAGACGGCUCAGCCCGACCCUUGCUACGACGAGCACGGGCUGCCCCGCCGCUGCAUCCCCGACUUCGUCAACUCGGCCUUCGGGAAGGAGGUGAAGGUGUCGAGCACCUGCGGGAAGCCGCCGUCGCGGUACUGCGUGGUGACAGAGAAGGGCGAGGAGCAGGUCCGGUCCUGCCACCUCUGCAAUGCCUCCGACCCCAAGCGCGCCCACCCGCCCUCCUUCCUCACCGACCUCAACAACCCGCACAACCUGACCUGCUGGCAGUCCGACAGCUACGUCCAGUACCCCCAUAACGUCACCCUCACCCUCUCCCUGGGCAAGAAAUUCGAGGUGACCUACGUCAGCCUUCAGUUCUGCUCGCCGCGCCCCGAGUCCAUGGCCAUCCACAAGUCCAUGGACUACGGCAAGACCUGGGUGCCCUUCCAGUUUUACUCCACGCAGUGCCGCAAGAUGUACAACAAGCCCAACCGCGCCACCAUCACCAAGCAGAACGAGCAGGAGGCGGUCUGCACCGACUCGCACACCGACGUGCGGCCCCUCUCCGGCGGCCUCAUCGCCUUCAGCACCCUGGACGGCCGCCCCACCGCCCACGACUUCGACAACUCGCCUGUGCUGCAGGACUGGGUGACGGCCACCGACAUCAGGGUGACCUUCAGCCGCCUCCACACCUUCGGCGACGAGAGCGAGGAUGACUCCGAGCUGGCCCGCGACUCCUACUUCUACGCCGUUUCCGACUUGCAGGUCGGAGGGCGAUGCAAAUGCAACGGCCACGCGUCGCGCUGUGUCCGUGACCGCGACGACAGCUUGGUGUGCGACUGCAAGCACAACACGGCCGGCCCCGAGUGCGACCGCUGCAAGCCCUUCCACUACGACCGGCCCUGGCAGAGAGCGACCGCCCGGGAGGCCAACGAGUGCGUGGCCUGUAACUGCAACCUCCAUGCCCGGCGGUGCCGCUUCAACAUGGAGCUCUACAAGCUGUCGGGGCGCAAGAGUGGCGGCGUCUGCCUGAACUGCCGGCACAACACGGCGGGACGGCACUGCCACUACUGCAAGGAGGGCUUCUACCGCGACCUCAGCAAGCCCAUCUCCCACCGCAAGGCCUGCAAAGAGUGCGAUUGCCAUCCCGUGGGCGCUGCCGGCCAAACCUGUAACCAAACCACGGGCCAAUGUCCCUGCAAAGACGGCGUCACCGGCAUCACGUGCAACCGAUGCGCCAAAGGCUACCAGCAAAGCCGCUCUCCCAUCGCCCCCUGCAUAAAGAUCCCUGCCGCUCCCCCCACCACCACCGCCAGCAGCACGGAGGAGCCUGCAGAUUGUGACUCAUACUGCAAAGCCUCCAAGGGGAAACUGAAGAUCAACAUGAAGAAGUACUGUAAGAAAGACUACGCUGUCCAGAUCCACAUCCUGAAAGCGGAAAAAAAUGCUGACUGGUGGAAGUUCACAGUCAACAUCAUCUCCGUCUACAAACAAGGCAGCAACCGGAUACGGCGCGGAGACCAGACCCUGUGGAUCCACUCCAAGGACAUUGCGUGCAAGUGUCCCAAAAUCAAACCCAUGAAGAAGUAUUUGCUGCUGGGCAACAACGAGGACUCUCCUGACCAGAGCGGCAUCAUUGCGGACAAAACCAGCCUGGUGAUCCAGUGGCGGGAUACGUGGGCUCGGCGGCUCAGGAAGUUCCAGCAGCGGGAGAAGAAGGGGAAGUGUAAGAAAGCCUAGAGGAGGAGACGGCACCGGCGCGCGAGAGGGAGAGACUGAUGUGCAUGCUGCUUGGCGUGGGGCUGGGGCGGGCAGGGACCGGCGACGGGGGCGGCGGGAGGAACUUGGCGCUGCUGGAGGGACAUGGGGGGAUCACGGCUGUGGGGCUGCUGGGUUUGCACCUCGUAUUCCAGCAGAAAACGAACAAAAAAGGCAACAAAAUAAUGGCACACGUGGAUAUAAAACAAGAGGAGGGUGGGUAUGGGCGUGCGGCACCCAGCGCCCCCCACCUUCUUUCGGCUGAAGAAAUCAGAGGCACCAAACUGCCUUCCAGCUGCUAACAUCUGCUGCUCCCAAAGCGUGGCACGGGGACAUCCAACCUGUAAGAAACUAAUCAAUGGCAGUGCUGGAAGUUAUCCCCCGUCCCCAGAAAUGUGUAUUCUCAGCUUAGGUUGAAGGAGACAGUUACUGUAGAGGAAACUAAACAGAGGCUUAUCGCCGAGGACAGAUCUGAGGAUUGACUGAUGGGUUGUUUGAAGACUCUUUGGUACCCGACAGCUGUAACCGUCACCAGCUGUACGACACCCAGGGGCAGGUGAGGUCUCCAGCUGUGGCGAUGCGCUCAUCCCAGGUUAGCGAAGAGGAAACCACAUUAGUGGGCGACGUGGGCAUGACUUGGGGAGUGACUCCUCGCCCGGCCCCCAGACCCCGAGGAGCGCUGCCCCCACCGCGCCGACGGAGUGUGAGCCCACAGGAUGCCCCGGAACCCUCCCAGCCACCCCUGAACAACCAGGACCCUCAAGGAAACACAGAGACUCUGCAAGAAAAUAGGUUGGGAUCCAGUUCUUGUAGGUGCCUUAGAAGAUCUUGUCCAUUGCAGUCCUCCAGUCUCCACCAUGGCCACCCCUGGGGACUUCCUUCAUGGGUUUGGUCCUGUCUGCCACCCCGAGCAGAGAGAGGAACCCCCAGGUGAUGGAAAGUCUGUGCAGGUGACAGUGAUGUCCUGGCUGGCAGAGGUUUCACUCCCAAACUCAGCUCUCCCAAACCCACACCAGCUCUGCUCAGCUCCCUCAGGUGCUGCCGCUCCCCAGCAGCCCCGCAGAAGGUGACCAGCUCCCUUGGGAGACACAGGAGGUGCCGGGGACUGUCCCACGGGCAGCGGGGCCAGCGCAGAGCUCUAAGGUUGGCCCAAGGGAAGGGAUGAGCAAGUGUGACCCUCCCAGAGCUCCCCAAAUUGCUCUUCUCCUUCUGCUGGGGGUGAAAACCAGCAAACGUACAAUUCCCCAUUUGUAAUUGCUGCCUCACCGCCAGCUCACAGCCCGUCCCCAGCCCGAGGGCUGGUGCAUCUGUCCCCGAGACACCCCAUGGGCAGGACUGGCUGUUAUUUGUCACCCAAACGUUGUGUCCCCUUGCCAGCUGGUCUCCUGCCACGGUGGCCCCGGAGGAACAGGGCUAUCUGAGUUCUCAUAGCUGGGGUGGAAAAGAGAGGCAGGGAGGGCAGGCCGGGUACCUGGAGGAGAAGCAAACAUUAGUCGCUAUGAAAAGCAAAACCUCCCUGAUAUUUUUCCUUUUAGGAAACUUGGAAACAUCCAUUUUAUGACAUUUUCCAGUGGUUUUGCCUUGUUUUAUAGCAAUUGACAAUAUUUAUGUAAUGACAUAAACCGCCAUAAAGCAAGGCAGCCACGUAAAUAGGUGUUAAGUGGAGGGCUCGCAGGGACGCUGCCGACACCAGCCGGGGGGACCGAGCUCUGCCGAGUCCCCACUACCACCAUAAGGCGCCUCCAGAAUUAAUCUGGAUAUUAGGAGAGAAAUCCCACCUGGGACAUCACUCAAGCCCCCAGGUCCAUGUUUUGUCCCCGUAAACAGAGCAGACCUCGUUUUCCUCACUUCAGAGCUCAAGGGAACUCAAGUCACCAACUUUUGAAGGAUAAAAUCUCAUCUCAAGUGUCUAAACAGAGGCUUAAAGCCCCAGAAUUAGGCCUGGAUGCUCUCCUGCAGCAGCAUCGACUGAUGCCAGGGACACCCCGCAGUGGCUGGGGACAGCUUGUCCUUGGGUUAGCCAGGACGCCCUUGAACCGUGGGUGACAUUCCAACGGCCUAAAAGCCACCAGACCCAACCCAAAGCCAUGAAGACGAGACCAGGGGAUGUUGGGACUCAGGAGCUGCCCACCGAGUGCUCUGGACACCCCACGCUCAGUCCAAGCACAGCCGCCCUCGCCAGCACAGCCUUGACACCCCCAGACCCUCCUGGGCCGAGCCCCAGCCCCUUCCUCUUCCCACCGGUUUGGGAGGCUGCAGAAGAAAGACCCCCCACGCCGUCCUAUGGCCAGACCCCUCCAGGCACCGACACAAGCUGGAAAAUCAGAAGGAAACAGAGUUUGCACAAGACGUGAACCGACUCGGAGCCCACCACAGGCAACCUCCCUGUCCCUGUCCCACCAGGACCCACCGCACCACAACCCAUCAUCGCUCCAGGACCCCAUCCCGUGACCCCUGUUGAGGUUCUGUGCUUUCCAACAUGCUGGAGAAGCCCCUUCGCUCCAUCCACUGUCCCCAGUGCCCCUCGCGCUCCAGUGACGCUGACCCGCGGGAGCAGCUGGUGUAACGGGCGCACGGCCCCGCUGGGGACGGCAGAGCUGCUCCCUUCUCGGGGUGCUGGGGGAUGCGACUCUUCCCGGCAGCCGCCCCUUCUACAGAACACGUGCCGGGGGACACCUCUGCCUGCUCACCUAAGGACGGACAAGGUGUCACCCCUAAACAUCACCCUCCUUGGCCGGGUGCAGCUCUCGGGGUUCCGCGCGUUACACCCGGGGCAGGACCAAGGUCCAUGGGGCCGGGGCUGUGGUGCCACCUGCGGCACCGGGAGCAGCUGAAAUGCCAAAACAAUCCUCGCCCGGCGGUGGCACCUGACAGGUGUCAUUGAGUCUCGUGUCUGUUCGUCCUGUGGCGUCCGUCCCUCGCCCCGCACUCCCGCCUCCUCCCCCCUCACAAAACCUGUGUUUGGUUCGGGGUUGUUUGGGUUUUUUUUUUGUUUGUUUGGUUUUUUGGGGUUUUGUUUUGUUUUUUUAUUAUUUCUGUUAAUAUCUUGAACUGUAAAUGUUGUUUAGUUAUGACCAUUGCAUACUGCUUUGGGCAAUGUUUCUUUACAAUGCAUACUAAUAUAUUAUGGUUAUUAUAUAUGAAUAUAUUUAAUGACACGUGAAAAAGUUGUGGAUUUUCUUAUUGUUUUUCCAAGUUUUGUUUUGUUUUUUCUCUCUUUUUUCUUUUUUUUUUCUCGUUGUUUGUUUGUUUUGUUAGAUUGGCUGUAAUUGAACCCGGAGGAGCUUGUAACUGUUCAGCACCCACUCGGUAGAACUAAAGUCAGAAAGCAGUUGAAUAAACUCUUGUAAACUGUA